GAAAACGAGUGAUACUAAUGAAGAAAUUUCCUCUGGAUGGGGAGAAGAUGGGCAGAGAAGCGGCAUUAUUUAUUGUUCCAUCAGUUGUCAAAGGUGGUUAGAUGAACGUCAUGCACAAUCUCACUUUAUUCCGGCUUUAUUCCGACCUUCUCCUCUUGAGCGGAUAAAAACUAAUGUUAUAAACCCUGCAUAUGCUACUGAAUCAGGUCAGACAGAAAACUCACUACAUAUGGGCUAUAGUGCACUAGAAAUAAAGAGUAAAAUGUUAGCCCUAGAGAAAGCAGAUACCUGUAUUUACAACCCUUUGUUUGGAUCAGAUCUUCAAUAUACAAACCGGGUAGAUAAAGUGGUAAUAAAUCCAUACUUUGGUCUAGGAGCUCCAGACUACUCAAAAAUCCAAAUUCCCAAACAGGAAAAAUGGCAGAGAAGCAUGAGCAGUGUCACAGAAGACAAGGAACGACAGUGGGUAGAUGAUUUUCCUCUCCAUCGAAGUGCCUGUGAAGGAGAUUCGGAAUUAUUAAGCCGACUUCUCAAUGAAAGAUUUUCAGUCAACCAAUUAGAUAGUGACCACUGGGCACCCAUUCAUUAUGCAUGCUGGUAUGGAAAAGUUGAAGCCACUCGCAUAUUGUUAGAGAAAGGAAAGUGCAAUCCAAACCUUUUGAAUGGACAACUUAGUUCUCCUCUUCAUUUUGCUGCUGGAGGAGGACAUGCUGAAAUAGUACAGAUUCUCCUAAACCAUCCAGAAGUUGACAGACACAUAACAGACCAACAAGGAAGAUCUCCUUUAAAUAUUUGUGAAGAAAACAAACAAAAUAAUUGGGAAGAAGCUGCAAAAUUGUUGAAGGAAGCCAUUAACAAACCAUAUGAAAAAGUUCGAAUAUACAGAAUGGAUGGAUCAUACCGUUCUGUUGAACUGAAGCAUGGAAAUAAUACCUCAGUGCAGCAGAUAAUGGAAGGAAUGCGUCUCUCUCAAGAAACACAGCAAUAUUUCACUAUUUGGAUCUGUUCAGAAAAUCUCAGCCUUCAACUCAAGCCUUAUCAUAAGCCAUUGCAACAUGUUCGUGACUGGCCAGAAAUACUUGCUGAAUUGACUAAUUUGGAUCCCCAAAGGGAGACACCGCAGCUUUUCCUAAGAAGAGAUGUGAGACUUCCUUUGGAAGUUGAGAAAAAGAUUGAAGACCCAUUAGCUAUUCUUAUUCUCUUUGAUGAAGCCAGAUAUAAUUUAUUGAAGGGCUUUUAUACGGCUCCUGAUGCUAAACUGAUAACAUUGGCAAGUCUACUGUUGCAGAUAGUUUAUGGAAAUUAUGAGAGUAAGAAACACAAGCAAGGUUUCCUAAAUGAAGAAAAUCUAAAAUCCAUUGUACCUAUUACCAAAUUGAAAAGUAAGGCACCUCACUGGACAAACCGAAUACUUCAUGAAUACAAGAAUCUUAGUACAAGUGAAGGUGUCAGUAAAGAAAUGCAUCACCUACAGCGCAUGUUCUUACAGAAUUGUUGGGAAAUUCCUACAUAUGGAGCAGCUUUUUUCAUUGGACAGAUAUUUACAAAGGCAAGCCCCAGUAAUCAUAAAGUCAUCCCUGUGUAUGUAGGUGUGAAUAUAAAAGGACUUCAUCUUCUCAAUAUGGAAACUAAGGCUUUACUCAUCAGUCUUAAGUAUGGUUGUUUUAUGUGGCAGUUGGGAGAUGCUGAUACAUGUUUUCAGAUCCAUAGUAUGGAAUAUAAAAUGAGCUUUAUAGUACAUACAAAACAGGCUGGCCUUGUGGUAAAACUACUAAUGAAGCUAAAUGGACAGUUAAUGCCCACCGAAAGAAAUUCAUGAGAGGAAAGCAACUGAUACUUAAGCCACCACAUUUUGUGAUAUAGAUUUUUUCCAUGAAAGAUUUCUUAAACUAUUACUUUUAACAAGGCAUUUAGUCUCUUGUAAUAUAUAUGUAUACUAUUACAUUGUACAGAAUCUGUACUUAUGUUUGGUGUGUAAUAUACCAAUUAGUUUUAUAUAAUAUCCUAAUAAGGUAAUCUAAUUUUUAGGAGAAACACACAAAAAUGUGUAGAUUGAUAGUCUGUAUAAUAUUAGACAAAACAGUAAGCUUUAUAAAAAGUUAUUUUUGGUAAAUGGUACAGAAUUUAGAGUGGAAUAUGAUGAAAUUAAAAUAUAGCUUUGCUAUGACUUUGUGUGUCAUUUCAAAAUGUACAGAAAGUCACAUGAUUUGAAUAAAGAAAAUGUGUUUUCUACUUAAAGCAUAUGUAACACUGUUACUUAAAUUUUUUUUUUUGUAAUCUCUGAACAUUUCUCAACAUGUUUUUAAAAGACUUAGUUAAAAAUGUUUAUUUGGUAUAAGCUAGUAUUUCUCAAAGUAUUAUAGUUCUUGAACCCCCUGCAUCAUAAUUACCUGAGUGCCUCUUAACAACAAGGAUUUCAGGGACAAGUUCUAGACAAGUUCAUUCACUCUUGGAAAUAGCAGGGCCUGGGAAUUUUUUCUUAAGUUUUACUUAAUUUUCUGUUGAAAUAAUUCCAGACCUAAUGAUGAAGCUGUAUUAUUAAAGUUAAGUAAAUUACACAGAACUGCCUGGCACAUAAGCACACAUACAUGGACACAUAGACUAAGUGACAAUCUCUGAAUAUUACUAGUUGCAUUUGUUAAGAACAUGUUGUAUUUUUAUGAGUUGGCUCAAUGAUGUAUUUAUAUUGCCUUUAUAUUGUAGGAAGUAGAUCACCAAAUAUCUGGUUGUUUUAUUUAGGGGAGCAAAAAUAUCAUAUUAGGAGCUAACUUGAUUAAUCUGCUAUUUAAUAAGCUUAGAAAUUAGUCUUUCCAAGCUAACAGGUUGUUGUGUUCUAAGUAAGUUCAGAGAUAACAGUAGUAAUACUUAAAAUUAUCAUACAGGUUGCAGAUAAUUUUUUUAUAUUAUCAUCUACUCUUCACGUUGACAUCUGCAUAUUUAAAGGUCUGCUGAGCUUUAUUAAAAUUAAGGGGACUUCCCUGGUGGUCUAGUGGUUAAGACUCCAUGCUUGCAAUGCAGGGGGCCCGGGUUUGAUCCCUGGUCAG